UUUGAAGGCAAACAUUUAACACUGGCGUUCACUUUACUAGUUUACUUUGCCACUCCGUCUGGCAACAAAGCAGAGCACUCACCGCAACUACAAAAUGUAUCUCGAAUUUGCACAAAUUCUAGCUCAAAUCAAAAAAGAAAUUCCACCAUAUGAUUUAAAGUACAGCAAAACAAGAAUCAGCAGCCAUUUCUUGAAUUGAACAGAGCAAAAUAAUGAUGGGUUUUUCCCAUCUUGGGCUGUUCUUACCUGUGCUGAUUUUUCUUCUUCAAAUUCUUGAAUUUGGGCAGACUCAUUUGGUUUCCAAAACCCAAUUGUCAGAAGAAAAUUCUUAUGCAUCAGCGUUGGGUGAUCCUGGGAUGAAGAACCCGAAUUCAAGAUUUGCAUUUGAAGCUUGGAAUUUCUGCAAUGAAGUUGGAGUUGAGGCGCCAAACAUGGGAAGCCCAAGAAUGGCUGAUUGUGCUGAUCAGAACUGCCCUAAAAUUGCAGAUGAUUCGAGUAGUUCGCUCAUUGAUUCGAGAAGCAAGUGUGUAAUACACCAUAGAGUGAAGGAUUCAGACAACAGACUGAGAACUGGUGACAGAUUCCCUAUUAGAGAUUUCAAGUCGUUCACAGAUCCUGAUGCUUAUGCAGUCGAGAAGGAGCUUUACCUCGGAACGCUAUGUGCCCCUCCUGAUCCUGCCAAUUCUUGGUAUUUUUGGAUGAUCAUGCUGAAAAACGGCAACUUUGACAAGAACACAACACUCUGCCCCGAGAACGGGAAGAAGGUUGCAAAAAUAGUCACAGACCGGAGUUUCCCUUGCUUCGGUGAAGGGUGUAUGAACCAACCCCUCAUGUUCCAUAACAAGUCCAAAUUGGUCUCGUUUUCCGACAGCAGUGAUUCUAUGGUUGGAGGGUUUUACGGGACGUAUGAUCUUGAUGCUGAUCUGAGCGCAGGUGCAGGAGAAAACUCUUUCUUCUCGGCUUCGUGGCAGAAGAAUUUGAGCACAGGUAGUUGGAUCCUAUCGCAGAAGCUCACAACGUCAACUAAGUACCCUUGGCUUAUGUUGUAUCUGAGGGCAGAUGCGGCGGAAGGAUUCAACGGAGGAUAUCACUACAACGGGCGUGGAAUCAUGAAAACGCUGCCAGAAUCUCCGAAUUUCAAGGUGAGACUGACACUGGAUGUCAAACAAGGCGGAGGUCCCAACAGCCAAUUCUAUCUGCUUGAUAUCGGAGGUUGUUGGAAGAACAACGGCGAUCCUUGUGACGGGGACGUUCUGACGGACGUGACGCGAUACAGUGAAAUGAUCAUCAACCCUGCAACAACUAGCUGGUGUCGUCCUGAUAAUCUCGUCUCGUGCCCACCGUACCACACAAGUCCCACCGGAGAGAUGAUACACAGAAACGACACGUCUCGAUUCCCUUAUUCUGCGUAUCAUCUCUACUGCGCUCCUGGCAAUGCUCAGUAUUUGGAGAAACCCUAUGACAUCUGUGACCCAUAUAGCAACCCGCAGGCGCAGGAGCUCGUGCAGAUUCUCCCUCACCCCGAGUGGGCCGUGCAUGGCUACCCUAAAAGAAAAGGAGACGGGUGGAUUGGAGAUCGGAGAACUUGGGAGCUCGACACCGGAGCCCUCUCUAACCGUCUGUAUUUCUAUCAGGAUCCAAGAACAAAACCAGCAAAACGAGUGUGGAUUUCAAUCAAUGUUGGUACAGAAAUAUAUGUUAGCCCAGGUGGGGUUACUGCAGAAUGGAGUGUAAGUGAUUUCGACGUUUUGGUUCCAAACAAUGGUGAAGAGGAAUACAUGUAGAGAGUGACGUAAUUUUGCAUACUUUUCUUUUUUUACAUAUUCGAUCUACCCUAGGUAAAUAUCAUUUUCACAAAGGGGCUCUUGGGGCGUCGAUGCUCUUAAGAGCCCCUCCUCCACGCUCGUGACCUCUAAAAAUUUCAUUUUCAAUUC